CCGGAGAGCAACUAGCAGGGAGCCAGAGAUACGGCCAGCCGGUGAUAGCGGUGAUUGAGCUAAAGCUAUCUGGUUUCUAUGGCAACCUACUUAGAGUUUAUUCAACAAAAUGAGGAGCGGGAUGGCGUUCGCUUCAGCUGGAAUGUGUGGCCCUCCAGCCGACUGGAAGCCACACGGAUGGUUGUACCUUUGGGCUGCCUUUUUACUCCUCUGAAGGAACGUCCAGAUCUCCCACCAGUUCAAUAUGAGCCAGUGCUUUGCACAAGGCCAACCUGCAAGGCAGUACUUAAUCCACUUUGUCAGGUGGACUACAGAGCUAAACUGUGGGCAUGUAAUUUCUGCUUCCAAAGAAACCAGUUCCCUCCAACAUAUGCAGGGAUAUCAGAAGUAAAUCAACCUGCGGAAUUAAUGCCACAGUUUUCCACAAUUGAAUACAUAGUGCAGCGAGGUCCUCAGACACCACUGGUAUUCUUAUAUGUGGUGGAUACAUGUCUUGAGGAGGAAGACCUGCAAGCUCUCAAGGAGUCCUUACAGAUGUCUCUCAGCCUGCUGCCCCCAGAUGCUCUGGUUGGUCUGAUCACCUUUGGCAGAAUGGUACAAGUGCAUGAACUGAGCUGCGAUGGGAUCUCUAAGAGCUAUGUUUUUAGAGGCACAAAAGAUCUGACUGCUAAACAAAUACAGGAUAUGUUGGGACUUUCAAAGGCUGCAGCCCCGGCACAGCAAGGAAGACCACUACAACCCCAGGAGCAGCCUUUUUUGUCUAGUCGGUUCUUGCAACCUGUUCAUAAAAUUGACAUGAAUCUAACAGACUUGCUUGGGGAAUUGCAACGUGAUCCCUGGCCUGUGCCUCAAGGGAAAAGGCCUCUACGAUCUACUGGUGUUGCUUUGUCUAUAGCUGUUGGAUUAUUGGAGGGGACGCUUCCAAACACUGGAGCCAGAAUAAUGUUGUUUACAGGUGGUCCCCCAACACAAGGGCCCGGCAUGGUAGUUGGAGAUGAGCUAAAAACACCCAUUAGAUCUUGGCACGAUAUUGAGAAAGACAAUGCACGUUUCAUGAAAAAGGCUACUAAGCACUAUGAAGCAUUGGCAAACCGCACUGCAGCAAAUGGUCACUGCAUUGACAUUUAUGCUUGUGCCUUGGAUCAGACUGGUCUUUUGGAAAUGAAAUGUUGUUCAAACCUUACUGGUGGAGAGAUUGUGAUUGGAGAUUCCUUUAACACAUCCCUUUUUAAACAAACAUUCCAGAGAGUGUUUACAAAAGAUCCAAAUGGAUCGUUUAAAAUGGCAUUUGGGGCAAAUCUAGAUGUCAAGACAUCAAGAGAGUUGAAAGUUUCUGGUACUAUUGGACCUUGUGUCUCAUUAAAUGUGAAAGGUCCUUGUGUUUCUGAAAAUGAACUGGGGGUUGGAGGAACAAGCCAGUGGAAAAUUUGUGCAUUGGAUCCAACUACCACUCUCGGAAUAUAUUUUGAAGUUGUGAAUCAACACAAUGCACCUAUUCCUCAGGGUGGACGUGGGGCAGUACAGUUUGUUACCCAGUACCAGCAUUCAACUACACAGAAACGGAUAAGGGUCACCACAGUUGCUAGAAAUUGGGCAGAUGCUCAAAGCCAGAUCCAACACAUUGAGGCAGCCUUUGAUCAGGAAGCAGCAGCAGUGCUGAUGGCCCGGCUAGGAGUUUAUAGAGCAGAGACUGAGGAGGGUCCAGAUGUUCUCAGAUGGUUAGAUAGGCAGCUCAUCCGACUGUGCCAGAAGUUUGGGCAGUAUAAUAAAGAUGACCCCUCUUCCUUCAGGCUCUCAGACUCCUUUUCUCUGUAUCCUCAGUUUAUGUUUCAUUUGAGACGAUCGCCUUUCUUGCAAGUGUUCAAUAACAGCCCAGAUGAGUCCUCAUACUAUCGCCAUCACUUUGCCAGGCAAGACUUGACACAGUCACUGAUCAUGAUCCAGCCAAUCCUUUAUUCUUACUCUUUCUAUGGACCUCCAGAGCCUGUUCUGCUGGACAGCAGUAGCAUUUUAGCUGACAGGAUUUUGCUUAUGGACACCUUCUUCCAGAUUGUGAUCUACCUGGGUGAGACUAUUGCACAGUGGCGUAAUGCAGGUUACCACGACAUGCCUGAAUAUGAAAACUUUAAGCAACUUUUGCAAGCUCCAUUAGAUGAUGCCCAGGAAAUCUUACAGAGCAGGUUCCCAAUGCCACGCUACAUCAAUACAGAACACGGAGGAAGUCAGGCAAGAUUCCUUCUUUCGAAAGUGAAUCCAUCUCAGACACACAACAACCUUUACAACUGGGGACAGGAAUCUGGGGCCCCUAUCCUUACCGAUGACGUCAGUCUACAAGUGUUCAUGGAUCAUUUGAAAAAACUAGCCGUUUCUACUGCUUCGUAAAUUUUAAACAUUUGGUUGAAUAGAAAGCAUUUCAGCUACAAUCUGGUCUUAAAUAUAUGCAGUUUUAAUGAAGAAGCAAACAUUCCCCUACCUAGUUUCAUGGAACCUAUAAAGAUUUUAGUUAAUGCUGUAUAAGAAAUAAGCUGUCCCUGUGUUUCAGUGUAAACAAUUCUUAGUUCAUAAUUUAUUUUGUUGUUGUUUUGCAGGCAUAAUAACAUAAAUGUUAACAACAACUGUAUAUAGUAUUGCCUUGCUAAAUUUACUGUACAAAAUAUCCACAUUCCUAGUAAAUCCUUCUACAACAA